AUGUCCAGGGCAUCGAAGCUUACGCUGGCCGCGACAUCGCUGUUCGCCGCCAGCACCAUUAUCAUUGCCAUGCAUCAGGGAGUGGUACGCGACAUCGAACAGCAGCGUAUCAAACGAGAACGCCAACUCGACUUCGACAUGCAGCGCGCCCUCGAGGAGGACUACAAGCGUGAGCAGACCGUCAGAGAUGCAACGGCGCCCUCACAACCCAGCGCAAGUGGCAUACAAACAUAA